AGCAACAAAAUAUGUCAAAGCGAAACGCAGAAUCUGUUGCGUUGACCAAGAUGGCUUCUGCAGGUGUCGUUUUUCGCCACUUACCUUUAAUCAAACAGUCGUUAAUUGCCAUAAUUGGAAACACUGGACUAUUCGUGAAGUUCGUAUGUGUUCUGCUGAUAAUAGGGUAUGGUCUGUCGUUCUCUGAGGCGGCGGUGGAGGUGCUGAGUGUCACCCCGGGUUACCUGCUGCCUCCUACCUUUUGGCUCUGGACAGCCUUCACACACUGCUUCCUGGAGGUGCGGUUAUGGCAGGUGUGUGUGGACCUGGUCACGCUGGGCCUGUGUGGCAAGUUGAUAGAGCCACUGUGGGGCAGCUUCGAGAUGGUGCUGUUCUUCCUGCUGGUCAAUGUUUGCGUGGCCUUUAUCUCGGCGCUCUUCUACCUCAUCAUCUACAUGUGCACCUUCAACCCUGAGGUGCUGUUCAGCGUGCAGAUCAACGGCAUGGCGGGCUACAUAGCGGGCCUGUCCGUGGCGGUGAAGCAGAUUAUGCCAGACCAUGUCCUGCUGCACACCCGCACCCCGCUGGGCAAGGUGUCCAACAGGCAUGUCCCACUGUGCCUCUUCCUGACGGCACUGCUGCUCUACCUGUGCCAUCUGCUGGAGGGCCUGUACACCACCAUGAUAGGCUGUGGCAUCGCAGUGUCCUGGGUUUACCUGCGCUUCUACCAGGUGCACUCCAAUGGCACCCGGGGCGACAUGGCAGAGACCUUCGCCUUCUCCUGUUUCUUCCCAACGGUCCUUCAGCCGCCCAUACAGGUGGUGGGCGAUGCUGUGUACUCGUGCUUGGUGAGGAUCAGGCUGUGUCGAAGACCUGUCCGACGGUACGAUGUAGGAGCACCCUCUUCCAUUUCAAUCUCACUACCGGGAAUGGACCCACAUGAUGCAGAAAGGAGAAGACAAAAGGCAUUGCGUCUGCUCAGUGCUCGCCUCAACCAGGACAAGAGUGAAGGUGGAGGAGCAUGGCCUACGCUGGAUGACUCCCCUGGGUCCCGUGCUCAGUCUCCCUCCCCAUCUUCCAACCCUCCCUCCACUCACUCCUCAACCCUCAUGUCUAAGUCUAGCAAGUCUGUCACCAUUGCUGCUCCCUCUGAUGCCACUGAGCUGCCUCACCCUCCCAGCCAAGCAAGUAUGGUGCCUCCUCUCCCUACCUCCUCCUCCUCCUCCUCCCCCGCAUCCCCUCCCAGCAGUAGUUCUGGCCCUGCCACAGCCACACUAGUGGACAUUGAACAAGAGACCUCACCUGCCACCUAACUCUCUCUGUGAUUGGCAGCAGAGUUUGGCCUUGUUUUUACUAGUUUU